UACGAAACUAUUCCUCGCUUAAAACUCUCGACGACCUGAAGGAAAUGUUACGUAGAAAUAAGGUCAAUGGGGAAGAUAUAACAAACAUCAAGCAAUUCACUCCUGUGAUGAAGAUAAGGCAUUCGAUCAUUGUAUGGAGGACAUUAUCUUAAAACUUUCGAACGUGGAGACCAUGACCGAUGCUAACGAGGCAACACGCUGUGAAUUUAUUUCAGCUAUAUUACAUGCGUCAAUUGCCAUCGCUAAAAAACUCACCUCUCAAGAUAUAUUCAUAGUUUUACAAAAAGAUAUUUCUGGUGAAGAUGCGACAGGCCGAGUAGAUUAUGCAAUCAAAAGUCUAGAAGAACUUCUUUGCAUCACCGAAGGGAAACCACGUAAUAUUAAGAUUGGAUAUGCGCAGAAUCUGGCGCAACUUGAAAGUGCGUUCCAAACAAAUAAGAAAAAACGAACAGCGGAUCAAGCGUUUAAUGAAGAUUAUUUCGACUAUCUCUAUGGCAUUGUGACUACAGGUACGGAGUGGCAUUUUAUAAUAUAUACUCCGGAUGGUAUAUACUCUACGAGUGGAAGUGAAUACCAAAUUAAUCUCACAAAGUCUGCAGUUAAAGAUAAUCCUGAAUUACUUCGAAGCAAUGUAAAAAGGGUAAUCGGCAUAAUUGUAGGGUUAUUGAAGGAUCGGGUUAGUGGAGAUAGUUCCCCAACUAGCAAGAGGGCUAGGAUCAAAAAAUUUAUCAAAAAAUAAUAUGUAUUGCAGGCUACGUCCCGAAUUUGUAUUUAUUUUUU